UUGGCCUUCUAUUGUUUCAACUAUUAUUAUAUCCAGCAAUUGAGAAGAUUCUUGGGCCACUAAUGGUUACACGCCUUUCAGCGGUUAUAUCAAUCCCUUUGCUGGCAAGUUAUCCCUACAUAGCCAUGCUCUCAGGGUUAAUUCUUCAUCUUGUGCUAAACUGUGCAUCAAUAUUAAGGAAUGCGUUAUCUGUGUCCCUAGUCACUGGGAUAUUCAUCUUGUUGAACAAUGCAGUGCCGCAACACCAAAGGGGAGCUGCAAAUGGCAUUUCUAUGAUGGCAAUGUCUAUUUCUAAGGCAUUUGGUCCAGCAGGAGCUGGCGCUCUCUUCUCUUUGGCACAAAAGCGU